GUCAAAAGACACAACAACAAACACAACAAAAUGACGGGGUAAAAACAACCAUGUAAAAUAACAUUUAAAACCAUCAAAACACAAUAAAUUCUGGCACCAGGUCACAAUUCUUAGAGGCAUCUGGUAUAACUUCCCAACGUAUACUGAAAACGACCAUAAUGGAGAAUAAAAAGCCUAAUUUUGAUCAGAAAUUGUGCUCUGGGUGUGAAGAGCCAGCAAUUGAUAAAGUACCACCAUGCCCAUUGCAAUGUCGAGCUAAGCAGUGCAAAGCUUAUCAGUCCAAGUCCAGUUUUGACCCUGAAACUAAGCCUAUAGUAUGGAUACUGGGUGGCCCAGGAUCUGGCAAGUUCACCCAAUGUUCCAGGGUGGUGGAAACGUAUGGAUUCACCCAUCUGUCCACCGGAGAUCUAAUCAGAAAUGAAGUGAAGGCUGGGACUCGUAGAGGCAAAUGUCUGACUUCUAUUAUGCAAAGAGGCGGCCUCGCACCCAACGACCUGGUUCUAGCUGUACUGAAGGAUGCCAUGGAAGAAGCUGCUAAAAAAGGAACACAUGGCUACCUAAUAGAUGGGUAUCCGCGCGAGAAAAGUCAGGGCCCAGAAUUUGAGAGGACCAUUGGACCAGUUGCACUAAUACUGUUAUUCGAGGCUUCUCCCACUACCAUGUGUCGCCGGCUACUUGGCCGUGCAGAAGCGUCCACAGAAGACAGUAGAAGAAAAGAUGAUAAAUUCAGGAUCAUGAAGAUGCGCAUAGCUACCUUCAUUGAACAUAAUCAGGGCGUCAUAGAGCCCUAUGGUGGUAAAGUUAAAAGGAUCGAUGCGGAACAAUCACCAGAUCAAAUAUUUAGUGAAGUGCAGAUGUAUUUGGAGCCAAUAAUAGCACAAGCCACUUUGAUUGAGGCUGAGAAACUAGAAGCUGAGGCUGAAGAACAAAUGCAGGCUCUGAAAGCGUAUACACAAUCUUCCAUGGACGUGGCUCGGAGGAGGGAUACUGUGGAGAUUGACAAUGUACUGUUCUCAGAUUCGUCUGCAGCUGCUGCGGCCGAAGCCAGAGCAAGGGCUGCUCGUAACGCUGCCGAGGCUGCCAGGGCUAGAUUAGAAGAAAUGGAGGAACGAAGACGCAAACAAAAACAGGGUUAAAUGAAUUUGGUGGUUUGGUAUCCAAUGAUAGUGUCUUCAAAGCCCGAGUGAAUUGGUUGCUUAUGGGCAGACGUGCUCCACCGUAGGCCGCAUCAUCACUUACCAUCAGGCGAGAUAGAGGCCGAACGUCGGCCCAUUUAACAUAAAUAAAUAAAAAAUGAUAUGAUAUGAUGAUAGAAUAAUGGAUGCUGGUCGCUUUACCAUCAGGAUCCAUCAUACCAUUAGGAUCACCUAGUGGUAAAGCGACCAGGUAGAUAAAGCAUACGGAAUACUGUAUGCACGAUUGUCUCCUAUCUCAUAAAAAUCUACCCUAUGGAAUAGAAUUAUAUUUUUUUGAUUGGA